UGUCAGACUCCCAAGGACCCAGAAGCCUUGAAUGUAUAUCGAUUGCGCCGAUGAUGUCUCCAGCUCAUAAAAGACCGCCGCGGCGGUUCCAGUUCAUUGACAACAACAAUGUCGCCUCAACAAGAGUUAACUCAACCCAGGUGCGCCGACAUGUCAUGCAGGAGUACAUGAGGGAAAAGCGUUGGGAAGCCCGUACAAGGGUUGACCAUAACGGCGAAUCCGAGUUGCCCGAACGCAGAAGACAGGAGAAAGUCCGGUCGCAGUCACGAGCAAGACAGCGACCGUCUAGGAGCAAGCCCUCGGCUCGUUUCGAAUCACCUAGCUCCAUUACUGCACCGUCCUCGAGGGGAAGUUCACAGGAGCUUGAGGACCUGCGAGGUCGCUCAUCUGAACCUGUCCAAGAGAUUGCACCGCACCUCCAUAAGCGGCCGGCAGAAACAAAACCAGCAAGAGGGGGAUUUCGUGUGGGCUCUGCCGCAUUUGCUAGGCUUGCAGAUAUGAUGCCAGACCGACACUCUUCUUCUUCGAUUACGUCCAGCGCCUUGGCCCCAACGAAUCGGCCAUGUCGCUAUUGUGUAAAGACGAAACAGUUUCCGGAACCUCAAUCUAUUCUGAGUGCUGCUCGAACCGAUCCUUUCGAUUCUCUGCCGUUGAAACUCAGCCUAGAAGAUCAACUACUAUUCGACUUUUAUGCCACGGUUAUGCCAGCAUGCUCGUACGGACUGGAAAAGCCCCACGCACAGAAUUGGUACUUUUCUGUUUUCAUACCAGAGGCCAUGUCAGGAGCGGUUUGCUUCGAGAAUGCUAUCCUUGCUCAUGCUGCAAUCACACGAGCUCGAUUGGAAGGAAUGUCGGAGACACGUUUGACAAUUGAGCACCGAAGCAGGGCUUCUCGACUGCUCCUCCGACACUAUCAACAGUUCCCAAACGACACCUCUGACGCCACGAUAUCAGCAACCAUCUUCGCGGCUGCCCUGGAACUCAUCGAUCCUCAUAUCGAGCGCCGCAGGUACGGGUGGAUGCAUUGGGAAGCUGCUUUGCAAAAGAUCCGCGAUCGAGGCGGGCCUGCAGCCUUGAUCCAGCACAAAAGACUGCAGCUGUUGAUCAACUGGUGCGAUUAUAUGUUCCCGGGGUAUCGCGCUUACGGUGCCACCUUCUACAGUGAUCCGCAGCUAUCUCCCAAUCAUGGAAACGAUCAGGAAGCUGAGACUAUCGCUCGGGCAGAAGUUUUCGAGCAGUGGACUGAAUUCAUCACGUUUCUCAAAUGCACGGAACACCUUGCUCUUGUUCAGGCUGGUAUGCAGCGAAACGCUAUAACAAAAAGUAAGCAAGCAUUGCGAUAUUCGGCCUUCCUGCCAGGAGAAUCCUUCUAUACUCUUCUGGCAAGCGAAGAUGCCCCCCGGUACACAGAGGCCUGCAAAUAUGAGCAGAUCAUUGCUAGACUGGCCGUUUUGAUGACCAUCAAUCUUGCCAUUUGGGAAUAUCGACACUCGACAGAACUCAGCGAACAAUUCUUCCAUGAACUGGCCGAGAGCGUCAAGCAGAAUGGGCUAGAGCGGCACCAAUCAGUAGAAGCGCUCCUACAGAUAUUACUGAGUGGCAGUGGCGAUCCUCCUCUGCGGAACACCGAGAGACCAUGGUUUGUGGGAAGAAUGCUGAAGGUCGCGAAUAGGUUGUCGCGGCCCAACUUCGACAGGUUAAACUAUGUGCUCCUUCGAUUCCUCACGCUAGGACCGGGUCUCAAGCCGGUCGUGGCAGACUGGGAAGAUGACCUACGCGAGGAGAUCCUACAAGCACCACUCAUGAGCUACCACUCAAGGUUCAUGCUGGACUCGCCUUAACGUCGAUGAAGAAGGAGGUAGUAUUGUCAUUUACAGCGCACCAGUACCGCUGGACACUCAUGGACCUAGAAAGCUGCACCUACGUCAAACCUUGUUCGGAU